GCGCGUCGAAGCCUGUGCACAGUUUGUGCCAACACCGCUAAAUCCUUCUUCCGGAAUUUGCACUGAACGGACUGCACCCUCGACACAACAUCAGUGAAAAAUAUCUUCAUAUGGAGCAGCAGGAGCCUGAGUCUCCUGACAGAAAAGACGAAGAUGCAGAGCCGCCCCACAUUAACGUGAAGCACGAAUCUCCUAACAUCGAGGGGGAGGAAGAGGACCCUGACAUUAAAGAGGAGCAGGAGCUGCAGAACCCUCACAUCAAAAAGGAGGAGGAAGAGUCCCGAUACAUUAAAGAGGGGGAUGUUAUCACAGAGUCUCUUCUGCCGAGUUACCUAUUGAAGAGUGAAGAUGAAGGUCAACCUGAGGAGAACAGAGGGGCGGAGCCUCCAAGUCAACACGUGACAACAGACGGUGGUGGAGACCACCUUGAAGGAUCACGAGCAGGCAGCCUCUCAGCUCCACUAUCAGAUAGUCACGACACCACGUCACACUCUCCUCACACUGAUGAAAAUGAACAGUCUGAAGUCUGGAAAUGUUCUCAAUGUGAGGAAACAUUUGUCUCCAAGUCUCUUUUGGAAACACAUUGGACACUACACACUGUAGAAAAACCUUUCGCAUGCUCAGAUUGUGACAAAAGGUUCUCGACAAAGAAAGGUUUGACAAUGCACACAAGAACGCACACUGGAGAGAAACCUUUUCAUUGCUUAGUGUGCGGUAAACGUUUUUCUUGUAGCCUCACUUUAAGCAGACACAACAGAACCCACACUGGUGAGAAGCCUUUUGCAUGCUCAGUUUGUGGCAAAAGAUUCUCUUCAAAGGAAUACGUAAAAAUACACACAAGAACGCACACAGGCGAGAAACCUUUUGCAUGCUCAGUUUGUGGGCAAAGGUUUGCUCAUAAGGUACACUUGAGAAGACACACAAGAACACACACUGGCGAGAAACCAUUUGCCUGCUCAGAUUGUGGCAAAAGAUUUUCUAGGACGGGAGACUUAAAAAUACACACAAGAACACACAGUGGUGAAAAACCUUUUGCAUGUUCAGAUUGUGGCAAAACAUUCUCUACAAAGCAAUACAUAAAUGUACACACGCGAACACACACUGGUGAGAAACCUUUUGUCUGCACAGUUUGCGGGCAAAGUUUUGCUUAUAAGGGAAGUUUAAGUUCACACACAAGAACCCACACUGGCGAGAAACCUUUUGUUUGCUCAGUGUGCGGUCAAUGUUUUUCUUGUAGACGUGCUUUAAGCAGACACACAAGAUCCCACCCUGGUGAGAAAACCUUUGAUAGCAGAAACACAAGAACCCACACUGGUGAGAAACGUUUUAACUGCUCAGUCUGCGGUAAACGUUUAUCUUGUAGCCUCACUUUAAGUAGACACACAAGAAUCCACACUGGUGAGAAACCUUAUGUUUGUUCGGUGUGUGGCCAAAGAUUCUCUUCGAAAGCAUGUUUAAAAACACACACAAGAACACACACUGGAGAGAAGCCUUUUGUCUGUUUAGUUUGUGGUAAAAGAUUCUAUCAGAAACCACACUUAAUAUCACACACAAGAACCCACACCGGAGAGAAACCUUUUCCCUGCUCAGUGUGCGGUCGAAGAUUCUCUGCGAAGAUAAGCUUAAAUAGACACACAAGAACACACACUGGUGAGAAACCUUUUGCCUGCUUAGUAUGUGGUCAAAGAUUCUCUGAAAGGGGGAGCUUAAAAACACAUAGAAGAACGCACACUGGCGAGAAACCCUUUGCCUGCUCAGUUUGUGGUCAAUGUUUCUCUGUUAAGGGACACUUAAGAGCACACGCAAGAACACACACUGGUGAGAAACCUUUUGCAUGCUCAGUUUGUGGCAAAAGAUUCUCUCGUAAGGAGCAGAUUAAGAGACACAAGUGUGCUGGUGAGAAUAGCAGCGAUCAUUGAAGCUUUAAAUUAAAAUUGUAGAAGUUUCAUACUGAAGGCAAUUACUCUGACACUUAUUUUUAAAAAUCUAUACUCUUAUGUUAUUGCCUUCUGUAGAAACGUGCUGGGAAUUAGCACUCAGGUUUAACCAAGGUUCUUGUGAUGUCCGUGUCAAUUAGUGUAAAUGAAUGUUUGAUUGAAAUAGACUGUGAAGAAACUUUGACUCUUUGUGGUAAGAUGGAAAAGUAUAAAUACAAAAAAAAAAUACAAAAAUACAAUUGUUCAAACAGUGAUAAUAACUCAACUAACUUGUAUCGUAAAUAGAUUUAACUCAUUCAAAUGUCAUGAUUCAGCCUGACAUUUUUUCAGCCGAAUGUUAUUUACCAGGUUUGGAUGAUGCACUUAAUUAAUAUACUGUAAAUAAAAGGUAAGUAUGUCAUUGUUUGUUGCUCCCCAGCCUGCCUGAGCAGGACUUUCUAAUGUAUUAUUAUUUUUUAUUUUGUUUUGAGAGAUGGGGCGAUUAUUGUAGCAAAUGCAUAUUACAAUCAACAAAUAAGUGUGUUUUUAAAAAAAAAAUCUGUAUCUCUAACCAGUCACGAAUGCGUAACUAAGCAGCCAUAACCCCGAUACUGAAAUGAAACCAGGUUCAGAUUCCAAUAAUUUGAAAAAGCUUUGUCCCAUCGCCAACCUCCCACUUUCUCUCCAGAAUGUUAGAAAAGAUCAUCACGUCCCUGUUCCACUCCCAGCUCACUUCCAAAAAGAAAACAAAGAAACUGGCUUAGUUGGAAAAUGUGUCGAAAAGAAAUGAUGUACCUGAUUUAAGAGUUCCCCGUCCCACAUAAUGAGCAGUUACACGAACACACCCAAACAAUGACAAUGACAAUGAUUUUAAAACCAGACCAUUUUUGUCUGGUUUUAAAAUCAACUGCUUUUUUGUUUUUAUUCAAUAUUGAAGGUAAUUACAAUGACACUGAUUUUAAAUAAUUGACCUUCUUGUGUUUAAUCUUUCUUCUAGUAUACUUCUUAAAAGCCUCCUAUGGACAAGUGUUGGAAAUUUGCAUUCGUGCAAUAACACUUGGAGCAAACGAUCUGGUAUGUCCAAUGUUUUUGGAAGUGUCCAUCCCAAAUAAAUGAUUGAUUG